CUCAGUCUUCUCUUCAGUCUUCUCUUCGUUUUCAAGAAAACAGAAUCUCUCUUCUCUCUGUGUCUCCGCCAUGGCUAUCAGCAUCGUCGACCACGAAAUUCCCUCCGAUUCCCACAAUUUGUACGACGUUACCAUUGAUUCCGAUCAGAUUCACACUCUCCUCACAUCUUCUCCGGCCAUGGUCGAUUCCUGGAUCUCUGAAACCCUCGCCAUUCAGACUCCACCUCUCAUCGUUGGUCUCGACAUCGAGUGGCGCCCUAACAGAAAUAGCUCUUACGAAAACCCCGUCGCCACACUGCAACUCUGUUUCGAUCGCCGAUGCCUCAUUUUUCAACUCAUUCACGCCUCCGAGAUCCCUCGCUCUCUGACCGAUUUCUUGACCGACGAGUCCUUCACCUUCGUCGGAGUCGGAAUCGGCGAGGACGUCGAGAAGCUCCUCUGCGAUUACGGCUUGAACGUGAGCAACACUGUGGAUCUGAGGAAUUUGGCCGAGAAUGCGAUGGGAAGAGGAGAUCUGAAGAAUGCGGGAUUGAAGGGCUUGGCGAAAGAGGUUCUUGGAAAGGAGAUUUCUAAGCCGAAGAGCGUGACGAUGAGUCGGUGGGAUAAUGAAUGGCUGGUUCCCAAUCAGGUGAAAUAUGCUUGCGUUGAUGCGUUUCUGUCAUCUGAGAUUGGAAGGCAUCUUUCCAAUCGAAGGGAAUCAGGGGAAAAUGUUGAUGAUUCCUAGGGUUCUUUCUGUUUCAUGGAUUUUGUGCAGCAGACUUGGAUCACCAAUUGUAGCAUUUCGAUUUCCGUUUCUCUUCUCAGUUAUGACUUCCAAAUAUCAGAUUUGAAGAAUAUGGGUUCUUUGAUUGUGUAAUCUUUAUUCCCUGGUCUUCUUUCUCUUUCUCUUUCAAAUGCUUUUGCAAUCUCAAAUCAAAAUUUAACACCAUGUGGUUUGAGAAUUGUUCCGAGUCGUUUAUUCAGAGACUGCUUUCUUGUA